CGCCAUGGCCGGGGCCUCCCCGGAGCAGGAGGAGGAGCCCCUGGACCCCCCCAGCCCCCCGGCGGGAGACCCCGAGGAGGGCGGAGGCGGCAGCUCCCAGACCCACCCGGGAGGCCCCGGCUCUCCGGCCCCCUCCGGCUCGGCAGGACGACGUGGUGUCGCACCCGCAGGGGAAGCCCAGCCGGAGGGAGAGAGCGAGCAGCCGCCGGAGAAGGGACACAAGAGGAGCGAGCGGGCGCGGAGGUCGGAGGCCUCCAAGGCCGAGACCGUGGACUCGGCCGAGAGCAUCCCGGUGUCGGACGAGGACUCGGACGCCAUGGUGGACGACCCCAACGACGAGGACUUCGUGCCCUUCCGGCCGCGCCGCUCCCCCCGCGUGUCGCUGCGGGCCCACGCGGCCUCCCGGGCCGCCGCCGCCCGCUCGGCCGGCGCCAAGAUGACCUGCGCCCACUGCCGCACGCCCCUGCAGAAGGGGCAGACCGCCUACCAACGCAAGGGCCUGCCCCAGCUCUUCUGCUCCGCCUCCUGCCUCACCUCCUUCUCCAAGAAGCCCGCGGGCAAGAAGACCUGCACCUUCUGCAAGAAGGAGAUCUGGAACGCCAAGGACUCCAUCAUGGCCCAGACGGGCUCGGGCAGCUCCUUCCACGAGUUCUGCACGUCCGUGUGCCUGUCGCUCUACGAGGCCCAGCAGCAGCGGCCCGACCCCCCGCCCGGCGAAGCCCCCGCCGACGCCGACGCCCGCUGCAGCGUCUGCCACCGGGCCGGGGAGGUCCUGCACGAGGUGAGCAACGGCAGCGUGGUGCACCAGCUGUGCAGCGACUCCUGCUUCAGCAAGUUCCGGGCCACCAAGGGGCUGAAGACCAACUGCUGCGACCAGUGCGGGGCCUAUAUCUACGGCAAGGGCGGGGGUCCGCCCCCCGAGCAGCUGUUCCACGAGGGGCAGCAGAAGCGGUUCUGCAGCGCGGCCUGCCUCGGCGGCUACAAGAAGAAGAACACACGCGUGUACCCGUGCGUCUGGUGUAAGACCCUCAGCAAGAACUUCGAGAUGCUCCCCCACGUCGACCGGAACGGCAAGACGGGCCUGUUCUGUUCCCUGUGCUGCACUACCUCCCACAAAGUCAAGCAGGCCGGCCUCGUGGGCCCCCCGCGGCCCUGCAGUUUCUGCCGCCGCAGCCUCCCCGACCCCUGCUACUACAGCAAGGCCGACCGCACCGUCUACCAGUUCUGCAGCCCCAGCUGCUGGUCCAAGUUCCAGCGGUCGAGCCCCGAGGGCGGCCCCCACCUCACCUGUCACUACUGUCACGGCCUCUUCAGCACCAAGCCCGAAGUCCUGGAGUGGCAGGACCAGGCCUUCCAGUUCUGCUGCCGGGACUGCUGCGAGGACUUCAAGCGUCUGCGCGGGGUCGUGUCCCAGUGCUCCCACUGCCGCCAGGAGAAGCUGCUGCACGACAAGCUCCGCUUCAGCGGCGUCGAGAAGAGCUUCUGCAGCCAGGGCUGCGUGCUCCUGUACAAGCAGGACUUCACGAAGAAGCUGGGCCUGUGCUGCGUGACCUGCACGUACUGUUCCCAGACCUGCCAGCGCGGGGUCAGCGAGCAGCUGGACGGCAGCACCUGGGACUUCUGCAGCGAGGCCUGCAAGGACAAGUACCUGCUCUGGUACUGCAAGGCCGCCCGCUGCCACGCCUGCAAACGCCAAGGCAAGCUGCUGGAGACCAUCCACUGGCGGGGGCAAGUCCGGCACCUCUGCAACCAGCAGUGCCUGCUGAGCUUCUACAGCCACCAGAACCAACCCAACCUGGACACGCAGAGCGGGCCCGAGAGCCUCCUCAACCAUCAGUCUCCGCCGGAGCCCAGGCCCUCCACGCCCGCCGCGCCCUCGCAGCCCGGAGCCGACCACGGCCCCCCGCUCCCGGCCAAGACCCGCUCGGCCCCGCCGCCGCCGCCGCCGUCCACGCCCCGGAAGAACAAGGCCGCCAUGUGCAAGCCGCUGAUGCAGAACCGCGGAGUGUCCUGCCACGCCGAGACGGCGUCCAGGGGCUGCCAGACGGAGGAGGAGCGGAAGCCGCCGCAGGUGAUCGUGCUGCCCAUCCCCGUGCCCGUCUUCGUCCCGGUGCCUAUGCAUCUGUACUGCCAGAAGGUGCCCGUGCCUUUCUCCAUGCCCGUGCCGGUCCCCGUCCCCCUGUUCCUGCCCACCACCCUGGAGAACACGGACAAAAUCGUGGAGACCAUCGAGGAGCUGAAAGUGAAGAUCCCGUCCAACCCCCUGGAGGCCGACAUCCUGGCCAUGGCGGAGAUGAUCGCCGAGGCCGAGGAGCUGGACAAGGCCUCGUCCGACCUCUGCGACCUGGUGAGCAACCAGAGCACCGAAGGGCUCCUGGAGGACUGCGACCUCUUCGGCCCCGCCCGGGACGACGUCCUGGCCAUGGCCGUCAAGAUGGCCAACGUCCUGGACGGGCCCGGCCAGGACCUGGAGGCGGACUUCCCCAAGAACCCCCUGGACAUCAACCCCAGCGUGGACUUCCUGUUCGACUGCGGCCUGGUGGGGCCCGACGAGGUGGCCGCGGCCGAGCAGGACCUGCCCCGGGCCAUCCGGAAGGGCCAGAAGCGGCUGGUGCUGUCGGAGAGCUGCUCCCGGGACUCCCUGAGCAGCCAGCCCGGCUGCACCCCGGGCCUCAACUACUCCUACGGGGUCAACGCCUGGAAGGCCUGGGUCCAGGGCAAGUACGCCGGCGGAGGCGGCGGCGGCGGAGGAGGAGGAGGAGGGGACGCCGGCGGCAAGGCCGAGGAGCUCCGCUUCGGCCCCAAGCCCAUGCGCAUCAAGGAGGACAUCCUGGCCUGCACCGCGGCCGAGCUCAACUACGGCCUGGCCCAGUUCGUGCGGGAGAUCACCCGGCCCAACGGCGAACGCUACGAGCCCGACAGCAUCUACUAUCUCUGCCUCGGCAUCCAGCAGUAUCUGUUGGAGAAUGGCCGAAUGGUGAACAUCUUCACGGACCUGUACUACCUGACCUUCAUCCAGGAGCUCAAUAAGUCCCUGAGCAGCUGGCAGCCCUCCCUCCUCCACAACAACACCGUGUUCUCGCGCGUGGAGGAGGAGCACCUGUGGGAAUGCAAGCAGCUGGGCGUCUACUCACCCUUCGUCCUGCUCAACACGCUCAUGUUCUUCAACACCAAGUUCUUCGGGCUGCAGACGGCCGAGGAGCACAUGCAGCUCUCCUUCGCCAACGUGGUGCGCCAGGCCCGCAAGGGCGGCGGCGCCCGGGGCGGGGGCGCCCCCAAAGGGGCCAGCAUCCGCUACUACGCACCCCCCGUCCGCCAGAGGAAGGGGCGAGACGGGGGCGCGGGCAAGCGGAAGCGGGAGGAGGAGCAGCUGCCCGUGCUGGAGCAGCGCGAGAACCGCCUCAACCCCCUGCGCUGCCCCGUCAAGUUCUACGAGUUCUAUCUCUCCAAAUGCCCCGAGACCCUGCGCGGGCGGAGCGACGUCUUCUACCUCCAGCCGGAGCGGUCGUGCCUGGCCGAGUCGCCGCUGUGGUACUCGGUCAUCCCCAUGGACCGCGGCAUGCUGGAGAGCAUGCUCAACCGCAUCCUGGCCGUGCGGGACAUCUACGACGACCCCCCCCGCCCCGGGGAUGACCAGCUGGACUGAGGCGCGUCCCCCUCCGCCCGCCACGGGCGGCGGGAGUCCCGCCCCAGGGGGGCCGGGGUCCAGGGGACCCCGCGGCUCCGGGCGCCCGGGUCCGGCGGCGCCCGGGUG